GAUCGCCUGGGCCUCAACUACGUGGGGAUCCGCCAGGGCCCUCACAACACCCAAAGCGUGUAUGAGGACGGAGUCCCUACUAUGAUUAGGGACCCAAGAACUGGGCGCAUGAAGAAAAUGCAGCGGGAUGCCGAUUGGCACAUCACCGUCGUUAUGGGCCACAACAUCGAAAAGCUCCUAAUUUCGGGGCAUAUUUACCUGUAUGUCACCUGGGACGGGAACUGCGAUAGCCACAUCACCCUCAUGGCGGAUCCCAAGAACGAGAGGAAACACCUUGUUGGCACCGAACCUGCGGUGGCUAUCCAGUACUGGGGCAUGGUCAGGGGGGAUGUUCCCCCCUUGAAGACAUUGCAGUAG